CAGUUCAGACUGCACUAAAGGAGGGAUGCUUUAAUUUAAGAAAAUUUCGAUCAAAUUUACCUAGUGUCUUUCAAGACUCAAACUUAAAUCUAGAAGAGAAUCUUUGUCUUAGCAAUUCUACGAGCGCAUUAGGCUUGGGUUGGGAUCCAAAAACCGACCUAUUGAAUUUUUCAUGUCAGAUUCCUUCCGAACAAGGCGAAAUUACGACCAAACGCCAAAUAGUUUCCAAUACCUGUAAGAUUUUUGACCCACUAGGGGUACUAUCACCUGCAACUAUACAAGCCAAAAUUUUAAUCCAAAAACUAUGGGUUCUCAAAGUAGAAUGGGACCAACCAGUUCCGAACGAUCUUUUAAAAGAAUGGAAGCGAACGCGAGCAAAUAUAGACAUUUUAUUCACGAUAGAAAUCCCGCGAUAUGUACUCUGUGAUAAUCAUAUUAAGGUCGAACUUCAUUCGUUUUGCGACGCUUCCAUGAGUGCGUAUGGCGCUUGCAUUUAUUUAAAAUCGAUCGACGCGUUAGGUAAGCCGAGCGUUCAUUUAUUGUGCUCGAAGUCGAGGGUAGCUCCGGCCGGGAAGCCCAUGACGAUUCCACGUCUAGAGUUGUCCGCGGCACAGCUUGCAGCUAGACGUCACGUACCUACAGAUCUGAACCCGGCGGAUAUGAUAUCUAGGGGAAUCGAUGCUAUUCACUUAAAAAAUUCGAAACUAUGGUGGAACGGCCCUGAAUUCCUACUUAGGGAGGAAAAUCAGUGGCCCACUAACAUUAAUCUUAAGGCUGUCGACGAAACUUUACCCGAGUUAAAAACUCACUCAGCUACAAUUACCAUUGAACCAGAACUAGUCAAAUUCGAAAACUAUUCAAAUUUAAGCAGAUUGAAACGUAGCUUCGCGUACGCACGAAGGUUUAUAAAUAAUUGUAAAAACCCAGCUUCAAGGCGCGCGGGCAACCUAACGUUAUCUGAGUUAAAUGAAUCGUUUAUGCAACUCGUUGUUUUUAGUCAGAAACAUUCCUUUCAAAACGAAUAUAAUUGUCUUUCAAAAAACUUACCUAUCAAUACUAAAAGCAAGCUCUCAUCCCUCAGUCCCUUCCUAGACAAAAACAAAGUCAUGCGUGUUGGAGGAAGGCUCGAUUCGUCCGAGUACGAAUACGAAAAGAGACAUCCAAUCAUAUUGGACGGGAAACAUACGCUAACGAAGUUGUUAUUCCGCUACGAGCACACGCGUCUAUUGCACGCGGGGCCGCAAACGUUACUGUAUUCUAUUAGAGAAGCUAUGUGGCCAAUGGGGGGAAGAGUUUUAGCUAGACGUACGGUCCGCGAUUGCGUAACGUGCAGGCGUCACCAGGGUCAUACUAUGACUCCUUUAAUGGGGAAUUUACCUGCGCAGCGGGUGAUGCCUGCAUUUCCAUUCCAGACUGUUGGCAUUGACUUCGCGGGUCCGUUCUCGAUAUUGAAUAGAAAGGGUCGGGGUGCAAAGACUUCUAAGGCCUACUUAUGUCUUUUUAUCUGCUUCCGCUACAAAUGCGUACACUUAGAAGCCGUAAGUGACCUAUCUAAAGACGCCUUGAUCCUCGCUCUUCGGCGAAUGAUCUCAAGGCGAGGAAAACCCUUGGAAAUCUUUUCUGAUAAUGGCCGAAAUCUGGUAUCCGCUGCCAAGGAAAUUACUCAAUUCUUGAAAUCCAAUCCCGUCAUUUCUGACUUUGCAGCUGACGAACAAAUAAAAUUUUCUUUCAUACCCGCAUAUGCCAAACAUUUCGCGGGAAUUUGGGAGGCUGGAAUCAAAUCCGCCAAGCAUCAUAUUAAAAGAUAUUUAGGUCAUAAUAAUCUAACCUUUGAGGAAUUAAGUACUCUUUUUUCGCAAGUGGAGGCUAUUCUGAAUAGUCGCCCCUUAUAUCCCAUGUCUUCCUCUCCUGACGAUCUUCUCCCUCUUUCCCCAGGACACUUCCUGAUUGGACGGCCUCUGACUGCGCUGCCGUCACCGAAUUUCGAAGACUUCAGUUCCAACAGCCUCGACCGCUAUUCGAGGCUCGAAAGGGUGCGUCAACAGUUUUGGCGUCGCUGGCAAAGAGACUACAUCAGCGAACUUCAACAGCGCAUCAAAUGGCGUACGAACCGAGGAAGACUAAACGUGGGAGAUCUUGUACUACUACAAGAGGAUAACAUCGCACCUCUCAACUGGCGUCUCGGCAGGGUCACCGCUCUGUACCCCGGAACUGACGGAAUUUCCAGAGUCGCCGAUGUCCGAACUGCGAGAGGAGUGGUGCGUAGGGCUCUGACUAGCAUUUGCCCCUUAUUUUCUCCAGAUGAACUUUUUUCCUCUUAAACGACGUUUAAGAGGGGGGGAAUUUAUGUUAACGCUUUUUAUUAUAGUGAAAGACUAUAGCGAAGUUGAUAGUGCGUGCAUGUGCCUACUAUUUGCGUUCGUAAUGUAGAUCGUACCUUAAUUACUUAUCUGUGGUUAAUAAUUGUCAAAAUGUCUACUAAAAUGUAAAUGUGUAUAAAAAUGUAGGUAACUGUCACUUGAAAAACCGUUGGAAUACACUCACUACGCUGAAGAU